CCCAAAAACGUUAAGACAUGAUACCACGAGUAUUGCAAGUGAUCCUGCUACUUCACUGCCUGGCACAGCUUAUCACAGCGCAGGGCAACACGUGCUGCGAAUCGUACUGCUACAACGAUGACACCGAGCGCAAACAGGUGAAACAUUUUGCCACCAAAACCGUGUACGAACUGGUACGCGCACCGGAUACCGAUCGACAGCAUAUAGUGCCGAACUGUUUACCGGUGAAAUUUUGGCUCCUAAGCCGCCAUGGUACGAGACUGCCUGGAAAGAGCGACAUCAUCGAGCUACCGAAGCAGCUCAAGUUGCUACAAGAUGCCAUCAUGGACAAUUACUUUACGCGCCGUACACCCCCAGACAACGGAAGGAUGUGUGACGAGGAUUUGGAGAUGUUGCGCAACUGGCACUGGGAUCCGAACAUAACCGAACAGUACGAUUCACACCUAACCGAACAGGGCUGGGAAGAUCUAAAGUAUCUUGCGCUGCGUGCUAAGGAGAAGUAUUGGCAGGUGUUCGGUACCGGAUACCAACCUUCCAAGUUUAUGUUCCGUCACACGAAAACUCAACGGACGGAGGCAAGUUUUAAAGCAUUCGCGGAAGGGCUGUUCGGUCGGGCCGAGUCGCAGCGCGUGACCCCAUCGCCAGCAACCGAUCCGGAUCUGCUGCUCAAACCGUACGACUACUGUCCGGACUAUGAAGCGAACAAGAAGCGGGACGAGCAGGACCCGUACUCGGAGGUGAACAAAUUCCUACGCUCCGCCCUGUUCACCGGCACGGUGUGGGACAUUUCGCAGCGGCUCGGCUUCCGGCACAAUCUGAGCGUGGCGCAGGUGGAAGCGAUGUGGGACGCAUGCCGGUACGAGCAAGCGUGGCACAUCUCACGGCCCAGCCCGUUCUGUACCGCCUUUACCGAGGAUCAGGUGCGUGUGCUCGAGUACAAGGAGGAUCUGGCGUACUUUUACCGUACCAGCUACGGGUACGGUCACAGCCAGGAUCUCGCGUGCCACGCAAUGUCCGAUAUGCUGCAGCAGCUAGCAUCGCGCGACGAUCCAUCGGUGGUGGCGUACUUUACGCACGAUUCCGAAAUUCAACUGCUGCUGGCUGCGCUUGGAGCAAAGCGUGAUUCCACCCCGAUACGGGCGGACAAUUUUCCGUUUAUGCGCAACCGCCAGUACACGACGAGUGAUAUCCCGUUUACGGCAAAUGUAGCCGCAGUCAAGUAUCAAUGCGCCGAACAAAGGGAACCGGAAAAGGUGUUGUUUUUCCUUAACGAGAAACCGCUCAUGUUUGACUGGUGCAAUGUGGGACUGUGCAACUGGUCGGAUGUGAAGCGACAGUACCAAAGGUUUGCCGAAGCGAACUGCGACCGGGUGUACUGCCAGGGUAGUGGCGCAGAUGCAACAGUCGCUGGUACAAUGACGGUUGGUUUGGUGGCACUUCUCUUCGCGUCAGUACGGCAUCUUACCUUGCAUUAG